AUGGCUAUAGGAAAAUGGACAAGGAUCCAGUUCGGCGGGGCGAACAGCGCGGGGGCUGCCCAGUCGAGCAGCCAGCAGCAGGCAGCCAGGCCCAGCACAGGCACACCGGCGAAGGGGUCAGUGCAUGUCAUUAGCCCAGCGGAUUGCAAGCAGUUUGGCUUGGAAAACUUUGGAAACACUUGCUACGCCAACUCCGUCCUGCAAGCGCUCUACUUCUGCGCACCCUUCCGCGACCUCGUCAUCCAAUACCCCGACCAUGCCGCCCCCACAUACCCCGUCGCCCCGCCGCCGCCCGCUUCCUCACCCCCCGCACAGUCGCCCUUGUCCUCAGCCGCAGCCGCGCCGCAACCGAAGCGCCCCGGCACCUCCCAGCGCAAGUUCUCCUCGUCCAGCACGCCGCAGGCGGAGACACCCCCGACGCUCUUCAGCGCGCUGCGCAGCUUGUUCUUGUAUAUUUCCGGGAACCCGGCGGAUAAGGGCACCGUCGCGCCCCGCGCGUUCAUCGAUAAGCUGAAGGAGCUGAAUGAGUUGUUUCGGUCGACGAUGCACCAAGAUGCCCACGAAUUCCUCAACUUCUUACUGAAUCGAAUAGUGGAGGAGAUGGAGGAGGACCGGAGAGCAGGGCUCGUCCCUGGCCCUUCAAAGGAGAAUGGAAAUGGGAACGGGCACAUCGAGGACCUGUCGACCUCGAUAACAACCCUAUCCUCCACCGCAGCGCCGACGAUCACUUCCUCACAGCACAUGUCAGCGCAGACACUCGUGCACAGGCUGUUCGAGGGCGUGCUCACGAGCGAGACGCGGUGCCUGACGUGCGAGACGGUGUCCUCGCGCUCGGAGUCCUUCCUGGACCUGUCGAUCGACAUCGAGCAGAACUCGUCGCUGACGGCGUGCCUGCGCCAGUUCAGCGCGUCCGAGAUGCUCUGCCAGCGGAAUAAGUUCUUCUGCGACAGCUGUUGCGGGCUGCAGGAGGCGGAGAAGCGCAUGAAAAUCAAAAUCCUUCCGCCUGUGCUGGCACUUCAUCUCAAGCGGUUCAAGUACCAAGAAUCCCUCGGCAAGUACAUCAAGCUGAGCUACCGCGUCGCGUUCCCGCUUGAGCUGCGGCUGUUCAACACGGUGGACGAUGCAGAGCCGAGCGCGGAUCGGCUGUACGAGCUCUUUGCGGUGGUCGUGCACAUCGGGAACGGCCCGCACCACGGACACUACAUCACAAUCGUCAAGUCGCGCGCACAGUGGUACGUGUUCGAUGACGAGUCCGUUGACACUAUCCGCGAGGCGGACAUCCCCAAGUACUUCGGCGAGAACCCCGCGGGCGCGGCGUACGUGCUGUACUACCAGGCGGUCGACAUCGACUUCCGCGCGCUCGGGAUCAAGGUGCAGGAGAGCCAGAAGGAGGCGCGAGCGGAGGAGGAGGGCCCGGUCGUGCCGCCCGGUUUGGGCGGGGAGGAUGCGCCUGGUGUGAGUAUCAAGGUGACCGGGGCGGGGGAGCAUGAGGACGGUGUCAGUUCCGCGCCGGGCUCCCCUGUGCCUAUGUCGAUGCAGCCGCUGAGUGUGCAGAUACCCCCGCCCGGGAGCCCGUUGGCAGGUGAAAUCAGCCCGAGCACGACGAGCGCUAGUACAACGAGUGGGCGUGACAGGGACAAGGACAAGGGCCGCUUCCACAUCCGUCACUCGCCCAGCACGACGAUCAGGCCGGAUGGCACUGGGACUAGCGCCACGAAGCGGAAGGCCAGCGCGAGCGCGCUCGCCAAUGGCGGGAGCUCGCGGCCGCCGUCGUCCCCCGGACUGGAGCACGUCGCGGUCGGGUUCGGGAUGGGGAUGUCGCCGCUCAGCCCACCGGUCUUGCCGCCGAGUUCGCCGAAGAGCAGCACAAAUGGGUAUGCAUCCGGGAAGGAGAGGGAGCGGGAGCGUCUUCCGGAGAAGAAGCCGAGCACAUGGUUUAGGCGGAAGAGCGCGCGCGUGGGCGGGGGAGGGGAGGAGGGCGAGAGGCCUGGCACGGCGGGCUCGGUCACGCCGAUGAGCCCGAGCUCGUGGUUUAAGACUGCCGGGAGCAAGCACCAGCAUCAGCAGAGUUCGUCGGAUCGGCACCUUGGGUCGAGUCCUUCGUCUGGGUUCGACCGGACGGAGUCGAUGUCGCCCACGCCGCCGGAUCUGCUGGCGACGACGUCGAGCCUGGGCUCUCAGACGCACUCGCAGACGCAUUCGCAUAGCCAUGCGAGCGCGAAGGUUCCGGAUGUGCCGCCAGUCCCGCCACGGACAGACCUUCCCGCGCCGCCUCUGCUGUCUGCCGCUGCCUCCGUGCCCAGCUCGCCUGUAUCGCCGCGCAAUCACAUACCAAGAAGAAGCGGGAGCACGGCGAGGCGGAGACCGCUACCUGAGUUGCCGCUCCCUACGCCAGGAAAGAUACCAGCGAGGCCAUCCACGGCAGGCGCGACGCCGUCGCCCAGAGCAGCCCCGUCCGAGCCUAUGCCGUCUUUGCCUCCGCUCACCCCUAACAGGUUGCGAGAGAUUUCGAGAGAGGGCCAGGAGAAGGACGAUCCCUAUAGGCGGCGGCCGCAGUCGGCGCAUGCGAAUGCUGACUUCGACGCCCCAGGGAUUAUGUCACCGACGAACAGCUCUGGCACGGCCGGCACAACGUGGAAGCGUGCGUCGAGGAAGCUCAGCAUCACCGGGACUAUGCUUUCCUUCGGGCGCAAAAGAGACAAGGGGCACGAUAAGGAGAAAGACGUAUCGUCGCCUCCGCCGCCCCCGAGUGCGUUCACGCCGCCCGUGGGGUACAGCAGUUAGUGUGCGCGGGGGGACAGCUGCAAGCGCCUAUGGACGCUGGAUGUGUUGACGUAUCCCAUCUCCCGUGAUAGAGUGGUUGAUCUUCGAAGUUUGCUGUUACUAUUAUGUUUAUAGCACCCAUUGGUUUGUGCUUUUUAUUCCUGUAAUCCCAGAGCGGGCUUGUUCUUGUAGUAUCCUCUCUUUCGUUCAUCUCUAGUCUCAUCAUCGUGCCAUAUUGCAAGACAGGGUAUUUGUAUUCAAUGCAUUACAUUACAUGACAUGAAUUACAAAGUAACUAAAGGAG